UUUCCUAAUUAAUUAAUUUAAUCCAAAGCUAUUAAAAUUCUAAAUUGCAUUAAUUGAUUCGGUCUAUAUAUAAAUUAAGCUUUUGUAGACUGAACUAAAGUAGAGCCUAUCUCUUGUUUCAGCAUUGGAUCUGGGUAUUUUUCUUGCUUUCACUGGAAGGGUUCUGCUCAUUGGAGGUUUGAUAGUGAAAGUGUUCUUCUGGGUAGUAAGUUCAAUAACAAAGCUAAAUUGCAUUUAUUUAAAGCCGCGCUUUUUGUGUGAAUUUUUAAAUCUGAAAAAAUCCCCAAAUUUGUAAUGUAUUUGUAUAGAUUGAGAUUCUGACAGUUAGGAUUUUGAUUGGUUGAUUAAUAUGGCUCCUAGAGAUAAAGAUUUAGAACUUGGAAUUGAAAAUGGGGUCAUUGAUAAUGCUAGAGGAGAAAAAGAAGAUUAUAGCAUAUGCCCUAUUUCAGACAUUAGCCGACCCGUUGUUAAGGUUAAAGGUGGUUUGGCCGAUGAUAGAGUGUCGUUGUCUGGUGAUGUGUCGAGUUGUGGUAGUGUUUGUGUGGAGAACACGAAUGGCGACGGUAAAGAUGCUAAGGACAACCGAUUAGCGAAGGAGAAACGUAAAAGCUUGGGUUAUAAGAAACCUCCUAAACCUCCUAGGCCACCACGAGCUCCGUCCUUGGAUGCGGCCGACCAGAAGUUGAUUAAAGAGAUUGCAGAACUUGCGAGAUUGAAACGUGCACGUUUGAAAGCCUUGAAGAAGAUGAAAGCUGCUAAGGGAAUGGGAGCGACAUCUUCUAACAGCACCAACAACAUGCUUGCUGCUGUGUUUACCGUCAUUUUUUGUAUUGUCAUGAUCUUUCAAGGAAUGUCAUCCGGGAACAGACCGACAAGUUUCCAAGGUUCACCUGUGCUAGCCGGAGCCAGAGCAGUGAAGGGCGGUCUAAUUUCAGUCCAGUUCUCAGGGAAACAAUCUGCCAACAUACCAAACCAACCCGACUCGGGAUCUCCCUAUUUAGUGGAACAGGUUGCGGGUCUAGACCCUUGGGAAAAGCCGAAAAGAUCUUCAGGAUAAGCCAUUUCUCCAGAAGAUGUUUCGUAUUAACAGCCUUGGUAUCUCUGGAGUUUAACUUUUCCUGGUAAUUCAUCCCCGGACUGUUGUAUGCUAUUUGAAUAAAGCUGAAAGGGAUCGAGUGAAAUUACCAUGUAAAUUUUUGGCCAUGAUUCUCAAAUCUCAAAUAAUAAUAAUAAAGUAUAAUAAAUUUGAAAA